AUGACUGGUCGCAACGCGUUGAUGCUCGUGCUGCAGCGCCACGUCAAGUCAGGUAUCGUCGUCGCUUUCACACUGAACCUGGGGACUGACUCGGUCAAGAAGACGUCGUACAUGUCCAUCACGAUCCACUCCAUCGACGAGAAGUUCAACCUGAACGUCCGUACGCUGCACUUAGGGCCGAACCGCGAGACGAGCCACACGGCCGUCAUGGUCUUGGACGGAUUCAAAGCUGGCUUGGCCGUGUGCGUGUUUCGUGAGGACGUCUUCGACAAACUAUCGUGA